AUGUCGAAUUGGUUUAGGCGGGAAGUUCUUGUCAAGGAACCGGAGAAGCUGGGGGAUGAACCUAUUGACAUUACUUCAAAAGAGUAUUCGGUUCGGACUACUGCUCAGGAGUACGGCGGUGGCGCUUUCAUGAUAUCUGGGGACACUCUAGUCUUUUCCAAUUUUGAGGAUCAGAGGCUCUAUAAGCAAUCCAUUAACCCCAAUGUGAAGCCAGACUCUUCUCCAAAACCACUUACUCCAGAUUAUGGUGGGCCAUUAGUCAGUUAUGCUGAUGGAGUGUUUGAUUCACGUUUCAAUCGUUACAUCGCCGUACGGGAAGAUCGGCGCAACAGCAGCUCAAGUCCAAUCGCAACAAUUGUAUCUAUAGGGCUCGAAGGGAAGGAUAAUGAAGAAGUAGAGGUACUCGUUGAAGGAAGUGAUUUUUAUGCUUUUCCUCGAGUGGAUCCCAAAGGGAAACGGAUUGCAUGGAUCCAAUGGUAUCACCCUAACAUGCCAUGGGAUAAAUCAGAGCUCUGGGUUGGUUACUUUUCUGGGAAUGGCAAGAUUGACAAACGUGUUUGUGUAGCUGGUUGUGAUCCAGAGCUAGUGGAGUCUCCUACCGAGCCUAAGUGGUCUUCUGAGGGAGAACUAUUUUUUGUUACUGAUAGGAAAAGUGGGUUUUGGAAUCUAUACAAAUGGUUUGAGGCAGAUAAUGAGGUGUCUCCAGUUUAUUCUUUGAAUGCGGAGUUUUCGCGACCGCUAUGGGUUUUUGGCAUAAAUUCGUAUGGGUUUUUACCUAGCCGUCAAGGAGAAAACUAUAUACUCUGCAGCUACAGGCAGCAUGGGAGGUCAUAUCUUGGAGUCCUGGGUGAUGCACAAAGCUCACCAUAUCCGCUCGAUAUUCCCUUUUCAGAUAUUGAUAAUAUUAGCAUUGGGUAUCAUUGUUUUUAUGUGGAGGGAGCGUCAGCCGUUCAUCCACCGUCAAUUGCGAAGGUUACUCUAGAUGAGAAAAGCUUAAAAGUUGCUGAGUUCACUAUUAUCUGGUCUUCAUCGCCUAAUAUUUUGACGUAUAAGCCGUACUUUAGCACUCCUAAGUUAAUUGAAUUCGCAACAGAAGUGCCUGGUGAAAAGGCUUUUGCCUAUUUUUAUCCACCAUCCAAUCCCAUUUACCAUGCUAGUCAGGACGAAAAGCCUCCAUUGUUGCUGGAAAGCCAUGGAGGCCCAACGGAUGAAUCACGUGGAAUAUUAAAUCUAAGUAUUCAGUAUUGGACUAGUCGAGGAUGGGCUUUUGUCAGUGUUAAUUAUGGAGGAAGCUCUGGUUACGGGAGGGGCUAUCGGGAAAGGCUUUUGAGGCAGUGGGGAAUUGUUGAUGUCAAUGACUGUUGCAGCUGCGCAAGAUAUUUGGUCGAUUUAGGAUUAGUUGAUGCAGAACGAUUAUGCAUAACUGGGGAGUCUGCUGGGGGAUACACUGCCCUAGCUACUCUUGCUUUCAGAGAUACAUUCAAGGCCGGAGCUUCCUUGUAUGGUAUAGCUGACUUGCGCAUGUUGAGUGCAGGAAUGCACAAAUUUGAAUCUCAUUAUAUUGAUAAUCUUGUUGGAGGCGAAAAAGAUUAUUACGAAAGGUCGCCAAUUAAUUUUGUUGAAAAAUUUUCUUGUCCAAUAAUCUUGUUCCAGGGACUGGAUGACAAAGUUGUACCUCCUAUUCAAGCUUGUAAGAUUUACCAAGCAUUGAAAGAGAAGGGCCUUCCUGUUGCUCUAAUCCAAUACGAAGGAGAACAACACGGCUUUCGCAAGGCCGAGAAUAUAAAAUUUACACUGGAACAACGGAUGAUAUUCUUCGCGAGAUUGAUUGGAUGUUUCGAAGUUGCUGAUGAGAUCAGUCCAAUCAAAAUUGACAACUUUGAUUAGUAUGAAAAUGUAUGUGAUUCUUGAAACCAUCCCAUUUCCUUAAAAGCCUUCUUGUUGGCUGGUUUUAACUGCAGCAUUAUGCUACUUCAUGAAUUAUUAUGAGCCUAUAAAUAAAAAUUGACAGUUACUACCGGAA